UCGCCAGUCAUGAGCGCACUGGGCACGCGCGGCUUUCCGUCGCUGCCGUUGGUUCCCUACCAGCAUCUGUUCCUCCGUUGGUAUUAAAAAUAGACCGGUGCUGAUAACAGACUUAUGUUUCGGCUUCAUCACUCGCCGUCGGGAAUCGUGCGCGCGCUAUAUUUCCUCCGAACCGUGACCGGUGGGAGCGCAAAUGCGCAUCGGUGUGCGCAUCUCUGAAUCUUUGGAACCUCGCCGUGGACAAUCUCCCUGACAUCCAAAGACAUCUUCCCCGCAAUCCCAGCGAGGCUUCUUCUCCGCCUAUGGCCGCAGAUCAGCUCGCCUGGCCUCGUCCCGGACCUUUCACCCACGGCUGCCCUCCAAAAGGUCUUUGAAUCGGGGAGACAUCUCCACGGGCUUUUUUACAUUUAUUUUUUAUUUUUCUUGAAUCACAUCGGCUGACUGUUUUUAAAGAACCCGGCGCUAUGCUGGGCCCAUCUUUCUAGAUCUCGUGAUCAAUAGCCUACACCGUCUCUCCUCCCACAUUCGUCCGAAGAGACCCUUACCGAGCCCUAACGAUGCAUCCUAACGCAUUGAUGCUGGCGGUGGUCCUUCUGGGCAACUUGAUGCUGCCCUUCACCUCGGCUCAAAACGCUGGGUUUGUGAAGUCGCCACUCUCUGAGACUAAGCUUACUGGUGACACCUUUGAGCUGUACUGCGAGGUGGUCGGUAACCCCACUCCAGAGAUCCAAUGGUGGUACGCAGAAGUCAACCGAGCCGACUCCUUCAAGCAGCUUUGGGACGGUGCCCGCAAGCGCCGGGUGUCCAUCAACACAGCCUACGGCACUAAUGGAGUCAGCGUGCUUGGCAUCACGCGCCUCACCCUGGAGGACUCGGGGACCUACGAGUGCCGGGCAAGCAACGACCCCAGGCGCAAUGACCUCCGACAAAACCCUGCCAUCACCUGGAUCCGCGCCCAGGCCACCAUAUCAGUGCUACAGAAACCAAAGAUCAAUGCCUCCGAUCAGAUCGUCCUGCCACUGGAAACACCCGCCAAACCGGUUACCUUGCAUUGCAAUCUGACCACUGCCCACACGCCCCACAAGGACACCUUCUGGAUGAAGAAUGGGAACGAGAUCUCAAACACGCGGGCCGACCAGAGGACCACAUCAUUCAGAAUCUCUAAACCUCGAGCAGACGAUUCAGGGGAAUACAUGUGCGUUUACACGUUUGAGAAAGCCCCAAAUGCAAAUGCAACAAUUGAAGUGAAAGCGAAACCCCACAUCACCCACCACAAGCGAAGUGAAAAUAAAAACGAGGGGGAAAACGCCACGAUGCACUGCAAGUCGGUCGGUUACCCACAUCCAACUUGGACAUGGCGAAAACUGGACGGAGAAUCUUACAAGGACAUUGACAACUCCACAGGACGCUUCUUCAUCACGAGCAGAGACAACUACACAGAGCUCAGCAUACUGAAUCUAGACAUAACCACGGAUCCUGGGAAAUAUGAAUGCAACGCGACUAAUGUGAUCGGGAACACUGCAGAGACCACGAUACUACGAGUGCGCAGCCAUCUUGCACCGCUUUGGCCUUUUCUGGGAGUGCUUGCGGAAAUCAUCAUCCUUGUAGUCAUCAUCGUUGUGUAUGAGAAACGCAAGAGGCCAGAUGACAUUAUUGAAGACGAUGAACCAGUUGGACCAGCGAAAACAAACUCAACGAACAACCACAAGGACAAAAACAUACGCCAGAGGAAUACGAAAUAAGCAAUUUACUCAUAUGAGUAGGCUAAACUGCAUUUUUUUGACUACAUGAAAGUAUCAGAGGUUGACAAAACUCCGGGCAGUGUGGAAAACCCAUAUCCUGUCUCAGUUUAUGAGAAACAAUAUCAGCAUACCACUGGCAACAAUAAGAACUUACUGUAAUGGCUGUCUUAAGCAUGCCUUAUCCAGUCUUAGAUGGCAAUUUCAGGAUGAUGAAUAAUGACUAAUGCGCCACAAAGGUGUACACAUUUCCAAUGUGCUGUUGAUGUCUCCUUUAUUAAUUUUAACAUGCCCUCAACCGAGGUGAUCCCUUUUGUAUUACAUAUCAUGUACAAUGCAUGCAAGAUAAUAACGCAAUAGGAUACUCAGAAUAGACAUUUUCUGUUGUUAUCCCUCGUGUGGCUUUUUUUGCAUCCAAACUACCUGUUUUUUAUGGAGUCAUCCUUAUAUAUAUAUAUAUAUAUAUAUAUAUAUAUAUAUAUAUAUAUAUAUAUAUAUAUAUAUAUAUAUAUAUAUAUAUAUAUUGUUUUUAUUGACAAUUUGUACAGCAUAUCAUUGUCAUUAAAAUAUUUGAUUUGUGACAAGAAGUCUACUUUUAACAGAACUUUUAUUGUGAAGCAAGGGCUUCAAUGACAGGCAGUAUUUAAAUUUUAUUGAGAGUGCUUACAGAAAAUGACUACUGUGUGUUUAACUAUCUUAACAAAAAGAAUAUAUGUAUUAUUUCUAUUUUCUUUCCAGAGUAACUUAGGUGUCUUGUAUAUGUUGAAGUAUGAGUGUUCAAAUGAUAGGAAAUCUGUAAAAAAAAA